AUGGCCUCUUUAGCUUCCCCUGUAAAUUUGGGAAGCGUGAGCAUGAUUUCUUCUGGUCAUUUUAAAGGGUCUGUUUGUUUAGUUAGACGGGUGGAUUUUCGUGGAAAUGAGAAUAAUUUUAGGAGGUUUAUUGGUGGAAAUAGAUGGAGGUAUGUGGGUUUGUGUAAAUAUUCUGUAACAACUAAUUAUAUCACGGAACAAGGGACUUCGACAUCUACUGAUUCUACAUGUAGAGGUAGUAAAGACAAUGAUACUGAUACAUUUCUCAAGGCGGCUCCCAAGCCGGUUUUGAAACCGGGGUCUAAGGUUGAAACUGUUCUUAAUAUGCCUUGGGAUGAAGUGAAACUUAAAGAGGAUUUAGAUAAUGGAAAGACAAGUGAAAGUGAGGAGGAGAGGAGUAAGGUAAUCGAGUCACAGGGAGAAGUGUUGGAGAUGGCGGAAAAGGUGGAGAAAAGUAAGGAGCCAAAUGUUUCUGUAAAUAAACCAUCAGCAAAUCAAAAUGCAGGCCUAAAGAAUGGUAAACCAGUUAAUUCAACAGCUGAUUCAAAUAGCAAGUCGAAGGCUUCGAAAAGUGUCUGGCGGAAGGGGAAUCCUGUGGCUACUGCACCAAAAGUUGUGAAGGAAGCCCUGAAACAGGAUGCGAGAAUAGAUAAUAGAGGGAAGGAUGCAUCUCAUGCUAUUACGCCACUCAGACCGCCUCAGCCACCACAGAAAGUUCAACCACAGUUACAAGUGAAACCCUCUGUUGCUCCACCGGUUUCUAUCAAAAAACCUGUCAUUUUGAAAGACGUAAAUGCAACUGCAAAGUCCUCCGUUGCUGAUGAAACCAAUUCAACUGCAGCAGCAAAAGAGCGCAAGCCAAUUUUAAUUGACAAGUUUGCCUCUAAGAAACCUGUGGUUGAUCCUCUGAUUGCUCAAGCUGUUUUAGCUCCUCCAAAACCUGGGAAGAGUCCCCCGCCUGGGAAGUUCAAGGAUGAGUUUCGGAAAAAGGGAGGUCCAUCCGGAGGAUCGCGUAGACGAAUGGUUGAUGAUGAUAUCCCUGAUGAAGAUGCUUCUGAACUUGAUGUUUCCAUUCCGGGCGCAGCUACUGCAAGGAAGGGGAGAAAAUGGACCAAGGCAAGCCGAAAGGCUGCUAGACUUCAGGCAGCUAAAGAUGCUGCACCUGUGAAAAUAGAAAUUAUGGAGGUUGAUGAAGAUGGUAUGUUAACUGAGGAGUUGGCCUACAACUUGGCCAUCAGUGAAGGUGAAAUUCUUGGGUAUUUAUACGCUAAGGGAAUUAAGCCUGAUGGCGUGCAAAAGCUUAGCAAAGACAUGGUGAAAAUGAUAUGCAGAGAGUAUGAAGUGGAAAUCAUUGAUGCUACCCCUGUCAGAGUGGAAGAAAUGGCAAAAAAGAAGGAAAUGUUUGAUGAAGACGACUUGGAUAAAUUAGAAUAUAGGCCUCCAGUUCUAACUAUAAUGGGUCACGUUGAUCAUGGAAAGACAACACUUUUGGAUUACAUACGAAAGAGCAAGGUGGCAACAUCUGAAGCCGGUGGAAUUACACAAGGAAUUGGGGCAUAUAAAGUUCAAGUACCUAUUGAUGGCAAGCCACAAACAUGUGUUUUCCUUGAUACUCCUGGACAUGAGGCUUUUGGAGCAAUGAGAGCCCGCGGCGCAAGAGUCACAGACAUAGCUGUCAUUGUAGUAGCAGCUGAUGAUGGCAUCCGACCACAAACAAAUGAGGCCAUUGCUCAUGCCAAAUCAGCUGGAGUGCCGAUUAUUGUUGCCAUUAAUAAGAUUGAUAAGGAAGGAGCUAAUCCUGAUCGAGUCAUGCAAGAUCUUUCCUCAAUUGGUUUGAUGCCAGAAGAAUGGGGCGGUGACAUCCCAAUGGUUAAGAUAAGUGCUCUUAAAGGGGAGAAUGUAGAGGAUUUGCUGGAAACCAUUAUGCUUGUGGCUGAGUUGCAAGACCUGAAGGCUAAUCCACAUAGGAAUGCUAAGGGAACAGUGAUUGAAGCUGGUCUUGAUAAAUCUAAGGGGCCUGUAGCUACAUUUAUUGUUCAGAAUGGCACAUUGAAAAGAGGAGAUGUGGUAGCUUGCGGUGAAGCAUUUGGAAAGGUGAGGGCUCUGUUUGAUGAUAAAGGGAAGCGUGUUGAUGAAGCAGGACCCUCUAUGCCUGUACAGGUCAUUGGGUUGAACAAUGUUCCCUUAGCUGGUGACGAAUUUGAGGUAGUUGGCUCCCUUGAUGUUGCUCGUGAAAAAGCAGAGUCACGGGCGGAGUAUUUGAGAAAUGAGCGUAUAACUGCAAAAGCUGGGGAUGGAAAGGUGACACUUUCCUCUUUGGCUUCUGCUGUUUCGGCAGGAAAGCUUACUGGAUUAGACUUGCACCAACUCAAUAUUAUUCUGAAGGUUGAUCUUCAGGGAUCCAUUGAGGCUGUCAGACAAGCUCUUCAGGUGCUUCCACAAACUAAUGUAACUCUGAAGUUCCUGUUGCAAGCAACUGGGGAUGUGAGCACCAGUGACGUUGAUCUUGCAGUCGCAAGUCAAGCUAUAAUUUUUGGCUUUAAUGUCAAAGCACCUGGUUCCAUCAAGAGCUAUGCAGAUAACAAAGGCGUUGAGAUCCGGUUGUACAGAGUUAUAUACGAACUUAUUGAUGAUGUGCGAAAAGCAAUGGAGGGACUUCUGGAGACUGUUGAGGAACAAGUGCCAAUUGGUUCAGCAGAAGUAAGGGCCGUAUUCAGCAGUGGCAGCGGCCGUGUUGCUGGAUGCAUGGUAACAGAUGGAAAGAUAGUGAAAGACUCUGGAAUUCGUGUUUUGAGAAAAGGCAAAGAGGUUCAUGUUGGUGUCCUUUGUUCUUUAAGGCGGGUCAAGGAGCUUGUGAAAGAGGUGAAUGCUGGACUCGAGUGUGGCAUUGGAGUGGAGGAAUUCGAUGACUGGGAGGAGGGAGAUAGUAUCGAGGCCUUCAACUCUGUGCAAAAGAAACGAACGCUUGAAGAGGCAUCGGCCUCAAUGGCAGCUGCACUCGAAGAAGUGGGAAUAGAGCUGUAG